AUGAGCAGCAGCAUGAGCAGCAUCAUCAAUCGCAGCAGUAUGACCAAGUCAUCAUCAUCAUCAUCAUCAUCAUCAUCAUCAUCAUCACAACAACAACAGGAUGAAUUCUUGUCCGGCAAUCCCACAACUCCAACAACUGCAACAACCACUACCACUACCACUGCUACUACCACUGCUACUACUACUCCACCUUGGGCUUGGAUCAAGGCAGUCAAUAACAUUUUGUCCAAUCCACCGUUUCAAGAAUCAACGGAAAUGCCCAUCCAAAUACUCCCAUGGCUAUACCUGUCGGAUGAAUAUCAUGCUCUUUUUACUAGUAGUACGGCCAAUAGUAGUAGUAGUAGUAGUAGUAGUAGUAGUAUUGCUAGUUUGGGCGUGACGCACAUUUUGUCCCUCAACAAAGGACCAUCAUCAUCAUCAUCACCAUCACCGAAUACUACUCCAGCAGCCUCCUGUUCACAAAUCCAAGAACGAUCAUCAUCAUCAUCAUCAUCAUUGUUGCUGUUGGCCACCAAUCAAUCGAAUGAUGUUGGGAUUGUCCAGCACAAUCAUAAGGCCAUUGCGGCCAAGGAUACCAACGAUUAUGAUUUGAUUGGCCGACAUUGGGAAGACGAAGCCAAACCAUUCUUGUUGGAGGCCAAGAAUAGUGGUGGCAAGGUUGUGGUUCAUUGUGGGGCGGGAACCAAUCGAAGUGGUCUGAUUGCGGCGGCGGCAAUGCUUCUUUUGGACGAUCAUAACGACGACAACAACAAAGAGCAGCAAGAACAACAACAACAGCAACAACAACCAGAACGAUUCUUGUUGGAUAUAGUCAAGGAUUUGAAACAAAAACGUGGCAUGGUCUUGACCAAUGUGUCCUUUCAACAACAACUUUGCGAAUUGGCGGCAAAGUACAACAAAUUGGGACCUAUGCCCAAGGGAUAUUCCAAUGAGGAGGCACCAAGAAGGAGCAAAUUGAAACAACAACACCGGCAGACUGGUAACUUUGAGAGCAUGUUUCAAUAA